AUGGACCAGUACAGCCUUGGGGAUGAGGGCGCCCUUCCAUCAGAAAUGCACCUCCCUUCAUUUUCAGAGAGCCAAGGGCUCAACUGCAGCAACACCCUCAACCGGGAUCUGGGUCCCAACACACGAGAACUGCUUUAUGCUGGCCUGAGUGGUUUGGACCUAGACACCAGCCUCCCAGUGCCUGAUGUGCCAAGUGAAGCACUGGAGGACAACUUAGACACCCUGUCCCUGUACUCAGGGAAGGACAGCGAUUCCGUGAAGCUGCUGGAGGAGUAUGCAGAUCCAGAAUCUCAGACUUCCUUACAAGACCUGGGGCUAGGCAUGCUUAAGGUGCCUAAAGAGGCUGACGAAGGAGGCAGGGCCACCUCGGGGAGUGUGAGGAAAGGAAAGCGGCAGCACAGUUCCCCUCAAAACCCACUUCUGGACUGCAGCCUGUGUGGGAAGGUGUUCAGCAGCGCCAGUUCUCUUAGCAAGCACUACCUGACGCACAGCCAGGAAAGAAAACACGUUUGCAAGAUCUGCAGCAAGGCCUUUAAGCGUCAGGACCACCUGACCGGGCACAUGCUCACCCACCAGAAGACCAAGCCCUUCGUGUGCAUUGAGCAGGGCUGCAGCAAGAGCUACUGCGACUAUCGUUCUCUGCGCAGGCACUAUGAGGUCCAGCACGGCCUGUGCAUCCUGAAGGAAGCCCCCCUGGAAGAGGAAGCCUGUGGGGACUCGCCCCACACUCAUGAGACAGCCAGCCAGCCGCCUCCCAGUGGCCUACGGUCCCUGGUCCCCCCGGAAACCAGGUCCCCUGGCUCCCUCUUGCCCAACCGAGACCUCCUGCGCUGUAUUGUGAGCAGCAUUGUUCACCAGAAGAUUCCUUCUCCCGGCCCAGCCACAGUGGGGCCUUCAGAUGGUGAAGGGAGGAAUACGGCCUGUCCCUGUACCUCCUCAUCGGAAUCUUCCUCCUGCACUCCAGCCGGCACCCCAGCAGCGCCAGGAACACUGGUCUCUGAGGUUCCUGAAGACCUUUGUCCCCCACGGAAGGAGCCAGCCGUUGACAUGUUCACAGCUGUCCAUUCAAGGGUGGCCGAGAAUGGUGCCCCUGACCCACUGGAGUCUGAGUCCCCACUGCUGCAUCUCCCAUCUUCCCUGGAGGGUUGGCCUGAGGAUGGCCCCCUGCCUGCCUGCCUGCCUCUCUUCCAAGGCCAGCCAGUUCCUGCCAAUUCCCAGCCAUCAGGCCACAACUUCCAGUGGCUCCGCAACCUGCCUGGCUGCCCCAAGAACAAAGGCAGCAAUGUGUUCGUGGUCCACAAGCCCUCUGCGAUGCCAUCCUGGGAAGGCUCAGAGUCUGUCUCACGGUCCAGCAGUGCCUCCCCCUCGGGGGAGGCCUCGUCUAGCUUGGACACCAUCCUGGAGGAUGUGCUGCCGUUUCCUCCCUCACGUCUGAAGGCACCUGGGGAGGCCUCUAGCGACCCCAAGUAUGCCAGAGGGGAAGAUGACAUCUGGGUGUCCAAGAAUAGCAAGUUUGACUGUGACUCCUUCUCAUGGCAGAACUCUGGGGAGCCCAGCCUCCAGGAUGUCCAGAAACCCAGCGGGCUCUCGUCGGAUGCCAUGCCACUCUUUCGGCAGCUGUUCCUGAAGUCGCAGGAGUCUCUGGUGAGCCAUGAGCAGAUGCAAGUGUUCCAGAUGAUCACAAAGUCCCAGCGGAUCUUCUCCCAUGCCCAGGAGGCAGCAGCCUCCUCCCAGCUCCCCGUACCCGAAGGCAAGCAGGCUGCCCUGAAGCCACUGCAGGGGCCAUGGCCGCAGCAGCCCCUGCCUCUGGCACCUGCUGUUGACUCUCACCAUGCUGGCGCAGGAAACCUGCAGCCAGAGGGAUCUGCAGCCCACAGGAGGAAAGCCACUCCUGUGGUUCCCAGAGAGGCCUCCCCUGGCAGCAUGAGACGAGACUCGAAGGGAGUACUGAAAGUGACCGCAGCUCAGCCAGCCCUCACAACGCCGGCCCUGGACGCUUCCGAGAAUCCAGACAUCUCUUCUCUGGCCAAACAGUUGCGAUCCUCAAAAGGGACCUUGGACCUGGGAGACAUCUUUCCCCCCAUGGGCCCAUGGCCGACCCAGUUAGGUGGGGAUGUUCCCCCUAGAGCCCAGCUGCCUGGAAAGCAGGGCCAGGCUGAGAAUGGCACAGCUUCAGGGCCCACGAAGGGUGAAAAGGCCCCAGCCUCCUCCCGGGGUGGAGGUUACAGACUCUUCUCAGGCAAUGCCAGGGCCCAGCGCUUCUCAGGCUUCCGGAAGGAGAAGGUAAAGAUGGAUAUGUGUUGUACGGCUUCUCCGAGCCAGGUAGCCAUGGCCUCCUUCUCCUCAGCUGGGCUUCCCUCGGAUCCUCCACGGGACUUGAAGUCCAAGCUGACAAUAUUCAACAGAAUCCAGGGUGGAAACAUCUACAGGCUCCCCCAUCCAAUGAAGGAAGAGAACGUGUCAGGUGGAUGUAAUCAGCAAAAUGGGGGUCCUGCAGACUGGACAGAGCCGAGGAGCACUUACAUCUGUAAGAAUUGCAGCCAGAUGUUUUAUACUGAGAAAGGGCUGAGCAGCCACAUGUGUUUUCACAGUGACCAGUGGCCGUCACCUCGAGGGAAGCAGGAGCACCAGGUGUUUGGCAUGGAGUUCUGCAAGCCACCAAGACAGGGGGACGGACAGAGUCCACCAGGAGCCAAGAAGCCCUUGGACAACAUGGCUACAGCCCAUUCAGUGAUCCCAGUGUCAGUCCCUGUGGCUCCAGCAAAUCGAUCCCUGUGGAGCACAGCCAGGGGACAAGAGAAAGACAGGGAAGAGAGAGACAGCAAGGAGAGCAGCCAACGAAGAAAGCGGAAAAAGCGCACCCAACCCAAGGCAUUAUUCGUCUCUCCUCCAUCCUCCACAUUUGGGGAGCCAAGCCCCGGAGGAUGCCACCAGAGCUGCCUGAGGUCUCCAGUGUUCCUGGUGGACUGCCUCCUGAAGGGCUUAUUCCAGUGUUCCCCCUACACACCACCUCCGAUGCUCAGCCCCAUCCGAGAGGGCUCUGGGCUGUACUUCAACACUCUCUGUUCCAUGUCUGCACAGGCUGGUCCUGACCAGCUCAUUGGCUCCGUCUUUGAUCAAGUAGAUGGCUCUUUUGGCAUCUGUGUGGUGAAGGAUGACACCAAGAUCAGCACUGAACCACACAUCAAUAUAGGAAACCGGUUUCAGGCUGAGAUCCCAGAGCUCCAGGAGAGAUCACUGGCUGGAAUUGAUGAGCAUGUAGCUUCUCUGGUCUGGAAGCCUUGGGGAGAUGUGAUGACCAACCCAGAGACACAAGAUAGAGUGACUGAGCUCUGCAAUGUGGCGUGCUCCAGCGUGAUGCCAGGCGGGGGCACUAACCUGGAGCUUGCUCUGCACUGCCUGCAUGAAGCCCAGGGCAACGUUCAGGUUGCCCUGGAGACUCUCUUACUCAGAGGACCCCAAAAGCCAUGGUCUCACCCACUUGCUGACUAUCGCUAUACAGGUUCGGACAUCUGGACCCCCAUGGAGAAAAGGCUCUUUAAGAAGGCAUUCUGUACCCAUAAGAAGGAUUUUUACUUGAUACACAAGAUGAUCCAGACAAAGACUGUAGCCCAGUGUGUUGAGUAUUACUACGUCUGGAAAAAAAUGAUCAAGUUUGACUGCGGCCGAGCCCCAGGGCUAGAAAAGAGGGUCAAGAGAGAGCCAGAUGAAGUAGACAGGACAGAGGAAAAGGUCACUUGCAGCCCUCGGGAGAGACCCAGCCACCGUCCAACUCCCGAGUUAAAGAUAAAGGCCAAGAGUUACAGGAGGGAGUCCAUCCUCAACUCCAGCCCAAAUGCAGCCCCCAAGCGGACCCCUGAGCUGCCAGGGAGUGUGGAGAGUCAAGGCGUUUUUCCAUGCAGAGAGUGUGAGAGGGUGUUUGACAAGAUCAAGAGUCGAAAUGCCCACAUGAAGCGGCACCGCCUUCAGGACCACGUGGAGCCCAUCGUCAGGGUGAAAUGGCCAGUGAAGCCCUUCCACGUGAAGGAGGAGGAGGAGGAGGAGCUGGGAGCUGACACUGGCUCCCUGCAGUGGUGA